ACAACCAACCAAAAAAUACAGAGAAAAAGCCAUGCUCUUUCUCUUUCUAUUUCCCUUUCCUGGUUAACCCUAACCCUAAUAUUUUCUUCUUCUUCUCUGUUCUUCGCUUUCAUACUCAAUUUAGCUCGAAAUCGACCAAGAAAAGAGAAAAAGAUUGAAGCUUUUUCUUGAAUUUUGCGCCUUUUGGUCUCUCUUCGAUGGAAUGCCUCCGGAUCUCGUAAAUAUCUUCCAGGUUCUUCAUGCACUGUGCUCUGUUAAUUUUUUGUGUGAAAGAUGAGAUUUUGGGGGUCCCUGGAUUGGUUUUUUUUGUUAAUGGUUUCUAGAGCAAUGGAUGGUUUCUAUGUGUGAUGGCAUUGGGGUUGAAUAUAGUCUGUUUUUUUUCUUCUCGGGAUGGUUUGAGGAAAGAAAUGGGUUUCUCUUCUAGCAAAGGAUGAUUAUGUAGCCUUGGCUUUUUGGUGUUUUGGGGGAUUAAUGAAGCUUGAGGACCUUUCAGCCAAGGGUGGGGAAUGCUGUACAAUUGUGUGGAUCUUAUCUUUCCUUUUAAGAGGCUUCUAUCCUAGAAAUGUUGUCAGAUAUGACCAAAUUUCCGUAAAUCUUUCAGAAAAAGUUCAUUGAUUAUCAAGUUUAGCAAUAUGGACAGGUCGGAUACAUCUGGUUUUGUGAGUGGGGGAUGCCCUAUAUUUAAGCUCCUCAUAUUUUUCCAAUUUGCUUGCUGCUUAUAGUGUUAUCUCAGACUAUCAGAUUGAUUGGUAUUUUCCUAGAAUGGAUCUCAACGUAUCCGAUCUUUACCUUCCCGAAAACACUAAAAUUAUCAACAACCCAUUCGAAGGAACCAUGCAUCUCUCCCAUGGUAGCCCCACUGAUCACUUUGGAGAUACGACCUUGCGGUUAGACAUUCCUUGGUUGAGUAAACCCAAACAUCACGGCCCUUUCGAGAACCCGCUUUCAUGCCCAUUGUCUGAUGAUGGGUGCCGACUAGUCCUUGGACUCGGCCCUGCAAUGAGCACAAAUCCCAGUGAUGGUUAUCCCAUUCGAAGCAGCAAGGACUUGACACCACGAAUUUCAGACCGAAGUAUGGAUAAGUGUUUAAAUAACUCCAAGGCCCAUGAAAAUGAUUUUGACAUUCUAAAGCUCGGUCUCUCACAUGGGUUAUUUGAGACACCGGCAGAAAAGACAGACCUAGUUCAUAUCGAUGAUGAGGGCUCGACCUCAGCAGCUCGAAGGCAAUCAGCAGGAUACAUGCAAUCUCUUCUCAAAACUCAGUCUUGCACGAACAUUCGAGAGAACAUUGAGCUCUCAGGCCUCUAUAGACUGAGCCCUGAGCCCUCAGUCACUACCGAGGGUUCCUUGGGCCUUGGGUCCAGUGGACCCUCUGAUUACCGCUUCCAUCCCAAGAAGUGCAAAUUCGAGGGGUGCGCAAAGGGAGCGAGAGGAGCAUCUGGGUUGUGUAUAGGACACGGUGGUGGACAAAGGUGCCAAAAGCCUGGGUGCACCAAGGGUGCCGAGAGCCGAACAGUCUAUUGCAAGGCUCACGGAGGUGGUCGGAGGUGCCAAACACUUGGGUGCACCAAGAGUGCAGAAGGGCGUACUGACUAUUGUAUAGGCCAUGGUGGAGGCCGACGGUGUUCACACCCUGGUGGGUGCACCAAGGCGGCACGUGGAAAGUCAGGGUUGUGUAUACGUCAUGGAGGUGGCAAGCGGUGUCAAUUCGAAGGGUGUACUCGAAGUGCUGAGGGCCAAGCAGGAUUGUGUAUCUCGCAUGGUGGUGGACGAAGGUGUCAGAUGCCUGGGUGCACAAAAGGGGCUCAAGGGAGCACAAUGCAUUGUAAAGCCCAUGGUGGGGGCAGGCGGUGUAUAUUUGCAGGUUGCACGAGAGGAGCGGAGGGGAGCACGCCCCUUUGCAAAGGGCAUGGAGGGGGGAGGAGGUGUGCAUUUGAGGGGGGUGGUGUAUGCCCAAAGAGCGUGCAUGGUGGGACGAGCUUUUGUGUGGCACAUGGUGGGGGAAAGCGAUGUGCUUCUCCAGGGUGUACAAAAAGUGCUCGUGGGCGCACUGACUUUUGUGUGAGGCAUGGAGGAGGGAAGCGGUGUGCUGCUCCAGGGUGUACAAAGAGCGCACAGGGAAGCACCGACUUUUGCAAGGCUCAUGGUGGUGGAAAGAGGUGCACUUAUGGGCGUGAGGGCUCAGUGCACGAGGGUAUGGGCUCAUGUGAUAAAUUUUCAAGGGGAAAAAGUGGGUUAUGUGCUGCUCAUGGGAGUUUGCUUCAAGACCCAAAAUCUAGCAAGGUGGGUGUGGGGAUUGGACCGGGAUUGUUUUGUGAUCUUGUUUUGGGGGAUAAUGAGUCUUCAAGCACGCUCUCAAGUACACAUUUUGCUUCUGAGGUGGCGGUUGAUACAUGUGAAGGUUCAUCAGAAAUGGUGGUGAGGCGGCCCCUCAUACCACCUCAAGUGUUGGUUCCUCUCUCAAUGAAGGCUUCGAGCUUGGUGGGUUCGGAGAAAGAGAGAGAGGAGGGGAGUGGUGGAAGCUCCUGUAACUUGAGGACCCGAGCUUUGGUGAUUCCUGAAGGGAGGGUGCAUGGUGGUGGGUUGCUGUCUUUGCUUGGAGGGAGCAUCAAGAAUGGUGCUGAACAUUUGCAGAUCUAAAGUCACCAGCUAUAUUAUUUGCUUAUGCAGAUUUUAUGGACUAGAAUUAUGUGAAUGUGUUUUUAAGUUGUGGUCAUUUGUUUGUGGACUGUAUGAGACUUUGGUAAUUGCAAAUAAUGCUCUGGAAGAUAAUUCAUAUGCUUUUAUGAUUUCGUGAA